AUGCAGAAAACAAACAUAGAGGAAUACGACUACGUGAUACUGGGAACUGGGCUAUCUGAGUCAAUUAUAUCGAUGUUAAUAGCAGAGAAAAGAAAGAAGGUGCUGGUAGUAGACAGAUUUCAGUGCUAUGGUUCUGAGUUUGCUACACUAUCGUAUGUGGAGUUAUUGGAGCAUUUUGGAAUAAAAAGCAAUGAAGUGGAUCUGGUAACAAAAACAAGGGAAUUUAACAUAGAUUUAACACCAAAACUGCUAAUGAAUGAAUCAGACUUAAAGAACCUGAUAGUGGAAAAGGAGAUACAUAAAAUAGUGGGAUUUUCAGCAGUAGUCGGAUCAUACUUAUACAACAGUAAGUUGCAUGUAAUUCCAAGAAAUGAAGCACAAUCGAUGCAAUGUAGUGCAAUUGGAUUUAUUCAGAAGACAAAGGUGGCACGCUUCUUCUACAACUUAAGACACGUAGCAAAAAGAGGAUACGUUUAUAAGAAGAGGAUGAUAGACGAAUUCAACAUGUUUGGCCUAGACAAGCUUGCAGUAGAUUUCAUAGGACACGGGAUAGCAAUGGAGGUCGAUAACGAGUAUCUGAAGAAAUGUCCUAAAAUAACGUAUAACAAAAUAUUGCGUUAUGUACAGUCAAUUGUGUCGUACGAUAACUCAGAAAGUCCAUUCAUUUAUCCACAUUACGGUCUGAGUGACAUCUGUCAGGCAUUUGUGAGAAAAGCUGCUUGUAAUGGAGCUGAAUUCAUGAUCAAUACUAAAAUUAUGUGCAUAAACACCCAGAACAACACAAUCAACUUGAUUGAUCCAGAUGGAAAUGGCCAUGAAAUCAAAUACGGCAAAAUGGUAGCAGAUCCAUCAUAUUUCACACUAGACAUCCUAGAUUGCUGCAAAUCUGUUGUAUCCAAACGUAUAAUCAGGUGCAUCAUGAUUCUUAAAAAGAACAAGAAGUAUCUGGGAUCCAGAAACAUCACAUUUCUACAUAGCAGCCUUAAUAGAAGCAAUGACGUGUUUGUUGUUGUAUUGGACAGCAAAACUAGGGCAUGUCCACCUGAAUACGAAAUUGGAAUUCUUUCUACUGUUCAGGAAACAGAUAACCCUGAAGCAGAAAUAGCACCAAUAUUAUCCAAAUUCGACACAAUCAAACAUUUUAUCGAAAUCAGAAAUGUCUACGCUAAUGAUGACACUGAGAGUGUCAUAUUCACAACAGGAGUCAAUGAGAACCCUAUGAUGGAUGAAAUCUAUGACGAUGUUCAAACUGUCCUAAAGAAGUUGGACAUAAAUUAG